CUAACCGUUUGUCCCGCUGUCAUGAGAAGAAGAGCUCACUUAUAUAGGUAUAGUUCAAUUGUCCAUCAAUUUUACAAAAAUUGUAAAACUUUGAACUCGUAAACUAACUUAACAAGCCUAAGAAAAUGGAAAGUGGCGCCAAGGGAGAUUCUUUAGAGAAAUUGAAGGGACUCCAAAUCACCUCUCUUGACGAUAACGAUGACGAUGAACAAGAACAAGAUAUUGUUGCCGAUGAAUACGAUGAUGUUGAUGAAGACGAUGAUGAAGAAGACGAAGAACAAGAGCCAGUCACAUUAGGUUUCGUAGAGAAGCCGAAAAAUCACUGGUCUCUUCUUCGCCACUUAUUUCCUAGCAAAGCUGGAGGAGCACCUGCGUGGUUGGAUCCCGUUAAUUUGCCAUCAGGAAGGUCCUGUCUCUGUGACAUAUGUGGAGAACCGUUACAGUUUGUCAGGAAGGUUUAUGCACCAAUUAUGGAGAAGGAUUUUACAUUUCACCGUACGUUAUUUUUGUUCAUGUGUCCAUCAAUGUCAUGUCUUCUUAGAGAUCAACAUGAACAAUGGAAACGUCCACCAGAGAAGCCAUUUCGAAGUGUGAAAGUCUUCCGUUGCCAAUUGCCUCGCAUUAAUCCUUUUUACUCAAGUGAGCCUCCAAAAUACAACAGUACUGACAAACCUACCGCACCUGGAGUUGCACUCUGUAAUUGGUGUGGUACCUGGAAAGGAGAUAAAGUCUGUAGUAGUUGCAGAAGAGUUAAUUAUUGCUCACAGAAGCACCAGGUCAUGCACUGGCGAUCAGGUCAUAAAAUUGAAUGUCAGCAGCUGAACCUUUCUUCUCACUCCAAUUUUGCAAAUGGUGGAACCACUUCAGCAGAGAGACAAAUAGUUGCGAGCAACAGUCUAUGGCCAGAGUAUGAGAUUGUAAAUGAGGAUGAAAGUGAAUAUGACAUGGAAAUGUCUGAAGAUGAUGGACAUGCUGGUUCAUUGAUAUCUAAGGCAGGAAUGGAUGAUACAAUGAAGUCAUUGAUGAACGAUUUUGAGGGAGAUGGUGACCGAAAGAGUUGGGCCUCUUUCCAAGAGCGUAUAGCCAAAGCCCCUGAACAAGUUUUAAGGUAUUGUAGGAAUGCCAGUGCUCAAGCCCUAUGGCCCAUGUCAAGUGGCCGGCCAUCAAAGGGAGAUAUUCCGAAUUGCAGUUACUGUGGUGGUCCUCGGUGUUUUGAAUUCCAGAUCUUGCCGCAGCUACUUUAUUACUUCGAUGUAAAGAAUGAUGUGGAUUCUCUUGAUUGGACAACUGUAGUUGUGUACACAUGUGAAGGCUCGUGUGAGACAAGUAUAAAUUACGUUGAGGAAUUUGUUUGGGUUCAACACUCUUCACAGUCAAUUAAUGUACCUUGAUAGCUUAUCGUUUGCUCUGUCCUUGGUUUAAGGCAUCGAGAAAAAUUUUGUACGUAGCUUGUCUGUCACUUUCAGACAUGGCAGACCUUCACCAACAAUUUUUAUUUGUUCAAGGUUAGGCAAA